AUGGGUGAGAGGCUUCCUGUUGAGUUUUGGAGAGAGGCUCCAAUAGAAGUGGUUCAUGCUGAGUUUGAAAGGCGUAUGGGUCCUGUACGUACUGCUAGAAAGUAUAACUUUGUUGAGCAUCUCCUUAGCAUUGAGCAGCCUCCUAAAAUACGCGGUGAGCACUCUUUCUUCAUGGAUGUUGAAGGUGAUGAUGAUGCUGAUCACAUCAUACUUGAGAUGGAGGAGCGUAGAGGAGCAGGUUCUGUCUAUGAUUACUUACGUACUCCCAUCCCGACGGUUCCUAUGAUCGGAAAGGUGCUAAAUGAGGGAAAACCUGAUGAAGACAGUCCAGUAGAUAAACACUUGACUGAUCAAUGA